AUGUCAGACUCGAGCGCAAUAAGUGAUUUUCAAGUUUCUGAUAGUGAUAAUGCUAGCGUUGUAACAUCCUCGAGUAAUUUCACGGAUAGUGGAGAUGAAUCAGUGGUAACUGGUGUCAUUCUUGGCUACCAGUUCGAGCCCCUUGUUGAAGGCGGUUUUGAGGAUAUGGAAGAAGGCGAGGAUGUUGAUGACGAGGAAGAGGAAGAUAGAUUCUGGCGACUUCGUAUGGAGGAGCAAAACUGGUGCAUAUGUGGUGACAAAUGUGAGGUGCAAGAUGUCCCAAUAGAAAAUGCCUGUUGCCAUGAAAAGGAACCAAUUUUGAGGAAAAUUGAGGCGUACAACGAGGAACAUGGCGGAAACAUUCGGUGCAUCACCGAACAUCCCGGGUUCCAGUCCAAUUGCCUUGAUGUGUGGGUGCUACAGACUGCCUACUCCCAUUACAAGCAGCAAUAUCGGGCGGCAGUAGAUGGAGAAACAAAUGAGAAAUAUAGAUACGUUGCCUAUCGUCAACUCGUCAGGUGGUGCUGGGGAUUCCUUGGGAAAAAGAAUCGAGUGCCCCUACCAGCAUGUGCUUUGGAGAAGAUCCGGUUAAGAUUUUAUGUUCUUGGAUGACUAGAUUUAUAGAAUGUAUCACAAAGCAUUCACUAGUGUUUAUUCAUAUCACCCAGUCAUGCCAGUGUCAUGCAAAACUUGUGCCAUUGGAUUGUUCAUGAACAUGAAUCUCUAUAGAUUUACACGGAUUCAACGAGUGGAUUUUCGUGAAGGCUGGAUGUAACAUGAUUUGGAGUAUCGCUUGUGUCUUUCGUUAUAGCUGUCAACAGCUUCAGCCUUAUUAGGGUGAUCAUAUGAGCUACAGAGUGCUGGUGGUAUGUAGAUAUUGUUGUCCUCAAAGUCAAAGUCGUUCUCUCUGCACCGGCGCUGAACUUCUACCAUCAACUUGUC